UUUUUCCAUAAUACCUGGUACAGUGGGCAUGAAAAAAGUAUAUUCCCUAGCCUGAACCAGUGUUUGCCAGACACAACUGCCUUGGCCCUCACUUUGUGCGGAUAUUACUAACCUGGGAUGGCUACUGGUAAAGGUGGCUGGGUAUGACACCAUACAACUUGUGUCUUGCGAUUUUGGCAUUUUCCAAACCCGCGCCUAGAUUGGUUGGAAUGCCUCCUGCAGUUUUUUAGUGCUACGAAUAUAUAUUGGAUUGAUAGACCCACCGACAGCUAGACGCACCCUAACUCUUGCGAUUCGCCAUCCGCGUCGGGAAAUCAAUAUCCCUGUACUAGUACGGUACUGGUACGAGUACAGUGGAUUGUGGCAUCGGCCACGAUAGGUUUAGAGCAGCAAGUUAACGGAAUUGCGAAACCCAGUUAAUGAGAUCCAUACGCCCAAAGGACUCAAGAUACACCAUGUCGGGGAAGCACUAAUUCUUGUCGAGAAGGUUUUGUCCCCAAAACUCGAGAUUAAUGACAUGACAGCGAUAGAUAGAUAGACAAUCGCGGGAGUUUAGAUUGGUAUCCCUGUCUUCGGUCACUAUGCCUGCUACGCGUACUACCGGUAGUACAAUACAGGUACGACACUUGUGACCCGGGACACGAGUGUCGGUAGUUGAAGAAUUGACUACCGGCACGGUUGCCCACAUGAGAGUUCAGAAUACCAGCAUCCUUCUGGAUAUCAUACUCGAGUAUGAUACCUCCCAACAACUCGAGCACUGCCCAGCAACCAAACUUGCCAGAAACGGUGAUGAAAAAAAUAACAAUCAAGAAAAUCAAGAAAAUCAUAAGGAAUAAAUGUUUCAUGAAAAAGGAACACGAGGCUAGAGAAGCCUACCCUUAAUCCCGAAAUUCUCACCAAAAGGAUGCGCCUCAAAAUAUUACCUGGGUCUUCGGGGAUCCCCACCCCGGAAAGUACGAUAUUUAUACCUACGGUAUCAUAGGACAUCUAUUGAGACCCAACUGAAAACUCCCAAACGGAAAGCAAAGCAAGGAGAAACCCAAAUACCCACGAUACCCGCCCAAUCUUACAAUCCCCAAACAUCCAGCAAUGGAAUUCCCAGAGAACGUCAAAAUAGUCACCACAGCAUCCACCGCUUCUACGGAAGCGGAUAUGAAACAGGUUGUUGAAUCCCUCCGCUAUUAUCGUACCCCCCCCCCCCAACCCUAACAACCCGAUCAUUGACACCCAACCGGCAAAUGCGCACUCGAGUACUAUAGCUCCUCGACAACACCAACCUCCCCAGUACCGCUAGCUUCGCUUCCAAAACCAUCGAUGAGAAUGCCCACACCCUCCGCACGAUCGGGAUAUACCCUUCCGAAUCCCCCACCGACACUGCUGUUUCUUCCCCCUCCGCGGGCGGAGAUGGAACAACAACGACAACAAAGAGGACAAUAUCGACCUACUAUGCCGGCUACCUGCGCCGCCCCGACCAACCCUGGCCCGAGAAGCCAUUCGUCCUGUGGGCGGACUUGCACAUGAAGAGAAAACAUCUGCAUCUUCUGCCACAUGCUGCCAAGCCCCUUAUCGAUGCGGUGGUCAGAGAUGAGCCCGGAGUGCUGUGUUAUCUUUGGCUGCAGGAUCUUAGUGACAAGAGGCAUGUAUCUGUUUUUGAAUGUUAUGCGAGCAAGGAUGCCUGCAAGGCUCACGAGGCUACCGAAGCUUAUAGUCGUUUUGCGGAGGCCGUUGGGCCUUAUGCCGAGAGUUUGGAGAUUAAUUAUGCCGAGUGGAAGGAUGGAAUGUCUGUGUAAA